AUGGCCAAAUCCCUCCGAUCGAGCAGCAAGCUCAAGGCGCGCAAUCAGAAGCGCACCAACCCCAAGAGCGAUUAUGCCGUUGCGGAAGCUGCGCGUGUCAACGCGCUCUCCGCCCGCCUCACUGAGGGCUUGAAGAAGGACAAGGUGCCCGUUGAGUCCACCGAGGACGAGGAAGAGGAAGAGACGAUGAUGGACGUAGCAGAGCCAAAGGUGGCAACGGAGCCAACGGAGGGUGGAGAGAAGAAGAUCUCCACCUCAGGACCGAGGAAUUCGAGAAGGGAGGAGUACAGAACCGGCAGGGGUCUCAAGAGGUACAAGAACUCCGGCGGUAACAGCCUGUUCAAUGCGCAUAAGAGCAAGAAUAACGGCAAGGCCAAGAGGAGACGAUGA